GGAGCAUGCGCUGCCCGGUGGGGCCUGGUGUAAGUGGAAACCGUCCGGUUGCGCGAUGCAUUGUGGGCGUGAUUGAGGAAGUAAAAUGGCGGACCUAGCGAACGAAGAAAAACCUGCCAUUGCUCCACCUGUCUUUGUAUUUCAGAAGGAUAAAGCACAGAAGUCCCCUGCAGAGCAAAAAGGUUUGUCGGAUUCAGGCGAGGACCCCCAGGGAGAGGUUGAGUCCCCCCACCAUGAUCUGGGUCACAAAGAAUCAGCUGGUGAGCGCGACUCUGAGCACCCUGCUCCCGCUGUUGCCUCAGUCAGUGCUACCCUGAGUCCCACUUCUGAAGCCCAGCUUGCUCCUAUUCAACAAGAACUGGCAGGGAGAUCAGCAGAUGGAUCAAGUCCAGAAGAUGGAGAUGAAUCUGAUCGAGAGGAUGGGAGCUACUGUCCACCUGUGAAGCGUGAGAGAACUUCAUCUUUAACUCAGUUCCCUCCUUCUCAGUCAGUAACAAAAAACAACGUCUUUAUGCCAUCAAGCUUCUGUGAACCCUCUACAGGCAAUUCUGACUCUGAACCAGAGGAAAAGAGCAGUGGAUUCCGGCUGAAGCCACCAAUACUUAUCCAUGGUCAGGCACCCAGUGCAGGUCUCCCUAGCCAGAAACCGAAGGAACAGCAGCGAAGUGUGCUACGUCCAGCAGUAUUACAGGCACCACAGCCGAAAGCUUUCUCACAGAUGGGUCUCAGCAGUGGCACGAAUGGUGUAAAUAUCCCACCAGAUUCUGCAGCUACAUCAGAAUCGCUAAGUAACGCAACACUGAGAAGUUCUGACUCUGAAGACAAGGCAGGAGAAUAUCAGAAAAAAGAGUCCAACAACACUUCAGAUGAUGACGGCUCUGAGAAGGUGGAACUCAAUGCACAGCAAGCAUUUGUAUUUGGGCAAAACUUAAGAGAUAGAGUUAAGCUAGGAGAUGAAAGUGAUGAAACUGCUGAUGUGCAGAAUGCUGGCCUGCCUACAUCAGAUGUACCUUCUGCAACAAAUUAUUUUCUACAGUACAUCAGUUCCAGUGUAGAGAACUCUACAAACAGUGCAGAUGCAUCUAGCAACAAGUUUGUUUUUGGACAGAACAUGAGUGAGCGAGUCCUAAGUCCACCAAAAUCAAAUGAAGGUAGUGCUGAGAGUAAUAAGGAGAACACUGCUACAGAGUCUGGGUCUGAAUCAUCUUCUCAGGAAGCCACACCGGAGAAAGCUAAUAAUAUUUCAGAAUCACUGGCAGAGUCUGCAGCAGCCUAUACUAAAGCAACAGCAAGGAAGUGUUUAUUGGCGAAGGUAGAAGUGAUUACUGGGGAGGAAGCAGAAAGUAAUGUGUUACAGAUUCAGUGCAAGCUGUUUGUAUUUGAUAAAAACUCUCAGUCUUGGGUGGAAAGAGGUCGAGGACUUCUGAGACUCAAUGAUAUGGCCUCAACAGAUGAUGGAACGUUACAGUCUCGUCUGGUGAUGAGGACUCAGGGGAGUCUCAGAUUAAUCUUAAAUACCAAGCUCUGGGCUCAGAUGCAGAUUGAUAAAGCAAGUGAGAAGAGUAUCCGGAUCACCGCCAUGGAUACAGAGGACCAGGGAGUUAAAGUUUUUCUUAUAUCAGCAAGCUCUAAAGAUACAGGGCAGUUGUAUGCUGCAUUACACCAUCGGAUCUUGGCCUUGCGGAGUAGAGUGGAACAAGAGCAAGAAGUCAAGAAUGUAGCACCUGAGCCAGAAGUAACACAAUCAAAUGAGGAGGACAGUGAUGAUGAUGUCAUUGCACCUUCAGGAUCAGCUGGAAGUGGUCCUAAUGAUGAAGGUGAUGGGCAGAAUGUCAGUAGCACAUAGCAGAUGUGAGCCGAUCUGCUUGCAAGGCUGCUGUGAACACCAUCUUGCAGGCAUCUCUGGAUACCCCAGGCCAGCUACUAUUUCAGGCAGUGUUGAAGGCUCCAGGACUUAAGAACUGUGCAUCCCUGUUCUGUUUGUUUGGUUUUUUGGUCUGGAUCAGUAGAUUCCACACAAAAAAAGCAGACUUGGAAACUACCUGAAUGUGGUUUCGGAUGUGAAAGCUCAUCAUAUUGAUGAGCCAAAAAAAAAAAAACAAACCACAAACAAACAAACAAAAAAAAAACACCAACAAAAAACCCCACAACAAAACAAACAAACAAACAAAAAAAAACCAAACAUUUCCCCUCUUCCUUGUAAUCGAAAUGGCACAUCACAGCUUGUCACAGCUUUUCAUUGGGACCUUUUGACUGUUUCUUCAGUAGUUCAUGUCUUGCAGGCCUCCGAGAGAACUUUCCAACACAAUUCCAACUUGAAUUCUGCUUUCAUAACCCCUACUCCCCCUUACGCGUUUCUGCCUCCUGCAGGGAAGCAGUGUCCUCACCAGUUCCCAUGCUCACUGACUGCCCCUUUGGGUUCAUUCUCUUUUUGGAUUUCAGAUGGGGCAGAUUAUGUUUUUACCUUUUGAUCCCAGUGUAGGUUGUGGACACUGUUGUUCCCUGUCUAGUGGGUUUGUAAACAGAGAAACAAAACGUUGUGGUUCACCAGAAAAGCUUUUGUAAUGCGGUAAUAAGAGACUCUAAAGUCCACAGGAUGUUUUGCUAACUCCUUUUCUUUCUUCCCAUUUCAUUAUUAUUAUUUGGGGAUUUAUAUUGUGGUGAUAACUUUUUUAUUUUAGUUUUUCAAUAAGAUGCUCUUGUGUGUUGAAAAAGUGAAACUAUUGUUUUGUACUGUUCUUUUCUGUUACUAUUUAAGGGAGAGCUAAGCCACUGUAUAUGAUAGAUGUUGCAUACAAUUGUAUGUUUCUGUGGCUACAGUAAAGUGUAGGAGGCAUACAGGUAACACCUUCAGAAAAGUUGAUGAGGAAACAGCUGUUAGCCCUUGGAAUAAUAAAAUAGGCUCAUGUAAUGAGCUCUGUCAGCCAUUAAAAUAAAUCUGUAUAAUAAAGCAGCUCUCAUUUAAUGGCUUGAUUCAACAAGCCAUUUAAGCACUUGCCUGACUUAACUACAUGUGAAUAAUCUUACUGAAGUCAAUGCAACUAUUCAUGCUUAAAGUUGAGUACAUUUUUAAAUAUCUUGCUGAAUUAACGGCCUUAAAUAGAAAAUUAACUUCUAACCCUUCCUCUCCCUGUUCUGUUUCCUGAAGUCUUGCAGCAUGAAGAAAAAGGUAAUAUUGCCAGCUUUGAAUAGUUUGGGCUGAAGGAUAUUGUAUUCUGUUCCACCAAAAUAAAAGCAAGAAUGUGUUUUCCUGUGUGUAAUUCUGAAGUACUCCUACUGUAACCAUAACUCACCUUUUGCUUUGGAUGUUUUCUCAUCAUUUGGGCCUUUUGUGUGAAAGUUGAGUCUUAUUUCAUUAUUAAAACAUAUGCUAUAUUCUUGUCCAGCAAAGUUGGAAUUUGGUAGUUACCAAGAUCAUUGACCAGGUCACUUUGCCUAAAAAUUCCCCAAACUGUUCUAUUUCCUUCAUAAAUAGUUUACAGAUAGAUAAUUUCUCACUUGCUUGCUCUUUCUCCUGUAGGUUAAGGAGAUCUAAAAUGUACCAUUUAAAAGAAAACUAUAAGGGAAGAAGCAUUUAAUAUAGCAUUAAUUGAAAAUGAAAAUCCAGGUUUUAGCACAAAAGCAACUUUAAAAUUAUCCAAAUAGCAAAACAGUCCUUAUUGCCUCUAUUUUAAUGAAACACACUUUCCUUUACUGGGAGUCAAGAACAUGUGCUUACCUGUUAUCUGUUGUUAACCGUUGUUGGUGACUUCAGUGGUUGGGGCAGGGAGGUACUUUGGUUCUCCUGAUAGCCUGUUUAAAGGAACAUCUUGGAUUACUUUUCUGGGGAGUAAAAAGGGCUAAUGAUUAGCUGUGCCACUGCAUUUGUGAUUUCUCUGGAUUGUCCACUUAGGCCUUUUUGCAUUUUGGUGGGGUUUUUUCUCCUUAGUUACGGGGUUUUUAACCAUGCACAAAUCUACUGAUGCACCCCUUCUCAAGCAGCUCACUAACAGAAGCAUAGCAUGUUUCUUAAUACCCACCCACAAGUGAUCUGCAUUUUGAAUCUUGGAUCUUUUUACACCAGGGUGCUCGGAUUCAAACUACUCUUUUCAAACAACCUUGCAGUAUAAAGCUGGUUGUUGUCAGCAUAAGGAAAAUUAAUAAGGUGUCUUGGUCAGCAGGGCCUACCUGUGGAGAAGCGGGUGUUAUUUCCUGGUCCCAAACUUCGUGGGGUCUAUGCAGAGUCUAAUUUUGAGGUGCUUUAGCUAAAAUGAAAUUGUUGGUGCAUGAAGAUUCAGAAAAAUGGAAUAAGUAUGCUUGUUCUGAUGGAGUUUAGUGGUGGUACACAAUCACCUACAGCAUUCUAAAAAAAUCUGGCAACUAUUUACUGGUACAGAUUUUAUUUCAGCUGGAAGUUUUGCAUAUAUGUUCAUAGUGAAGAGGAAAAUACUACUGUGAACCACUAACAGAAUUGGUCAUAGAUGAGUUAAGGCCCUGCACAGCAAGAUUUAGUUAGGCCAAAGCAAAACUCUUAUUUCACUCUCUGCUUUAAGCCUUAGUAAACUAGUGACAGGUAAAAUCAGAUGAUGCCCAUGUGUGUUGAAAUAUUUAUGUAAGACUGUCAUAUCAAAAUGUAUGUGGGAACUACAUUAAAACUUUUAUUGGAAAACAAGCAAACAAAA